AAUACCCAUACUGCCUCGCUUACACAGGGGAGAGGUGAGCGACCCGACUAGGAGAGGAGUCUGGAACUAUAGAACGGCCCGUGCAAGCGUGGUCUGCUGCUUUUGAUAUGUCGGAUCCGGCUGUGCAAACCUUGCAACCGCGGCUGCUCCAAGCCCAAACUAGUGGAUCGGCCACUGCAACCGUGGGGUCUGCAUCAGGAAAUACUAGUGACCCUGUCAGACCCGGCCUCAGCCAACAACAACGUGCGAGUCAGAAGAAAGCUCAAGUCCGUGCUUUCCCACGGGCGAAAAAGCUUGAAAAACUCGGCGUUUUCUCCGCUUGCAAGGCUAGUGACACAUGUAAGUGCAAUGGGUGGAAGAAUCCACAUCCACCAUCAGCCACUCGCAUGGACCUGCAGCAACAAGCGGCGAGCCUGAGCGAGUCCUGUCGCAGUUGUGGACAUGAUCUGGCGGACCAUGUGUCCCACCUGGAGAACGUUUCUGAGGAAGAGAUCAACAGACUGCUGGGGAUGGUUGUGGAUGUGGAGAAUCUCUUCAUGUCUGUGCACAAGGAGGAAGACACAGACACCAAACAGGUCUACUUCUACCUCUUCAAGCUGUUGAGGAAAUGCAUCUUGCAGAUGAGCCAGCCCCUGGUAGAAGGGUCAUUGGGAAGCCCCCCAUUUGAGAAGCCCAACAUAGAGCAGGGAGUGUUGAACUUUGUUCAGUACAAGUUCAGCCACCUGGCACCAAAAGAGAGGCAGACCAUGUUUGAGCUCUCCAAGAUGUUUCUCCUGUGCCUCAACUACUGGAAGCUGGAGACGCCCACACAGUUCCGCCAGCGCUCCCAGAAGGAUGACGGCACUGCCUAUAAAGUGGAUUACACCAGGUGGCUGUGUUACUGCCAUGUCCCCCAGAGUAAUGACAGCCUGCCACGGUAUGAGACCACCCAGGUGUUCGGCCGCAGUCUCCUCAAGUCCAUCUUCACGGUGACACGGCGUCAGCUCCUGGAGAAGUUCAGAGUGGAGAAGGACAAGCUCCUGCCCGAGAAACGCACUCUGAUCCUCACGCAUUUCCCCAAAUUCCUGUCCAUGCUGGAGGAGGAAAUUUAUGGAGAGAAUUCUCCCAUAUGGGAGGCAGACUUUACCAUGCCUGCCUCAGACGGAACACAGCUGGGCCACCAGACAGUGAUCAGCCCAGCUGCAGUGUCUGGCUCGCCCUCCUUUACCAAGGGGAUGAGCAGUGGAUCCUCGCUGGGCAGUUUAGGGCUGGAGGCAGGGGCUGCAGAGCCCCCCACAGGGGAGAAGAGGAAGUUGCCGGAAGCUCUGACCUUGGAGGACGCCAAACGUAUCCGGGUCAUGGGCGACAUCCCCAUGGAGCUGGUGAAUGAGGUCAUGAUGACCAUCACUGAUCCAGCUGCCAUGUUAGGGCCAGAGACAAACCUACUGACUCCUAACGCUGCCCGGGAUGAGACUGCCAGGCUGGAGGAGAGGCGGGGCAUCAUUGAGUUCCAUGUCAUUGGGAACUCACUUUCCCAGAAGUCCAACAAAAAGAUCCUGAUGUGGCUGGUGGGCCUCCAAAAUGUGUUCUCCCACCAGCUACCCCGGAUGCCUAAAGAGUACAUCACACGGCUAGUGUUUGACCCGAAGCACAAGACCCUGGCUCUCAUUAAAGAUGGCCGUGUGAUAGGGGGCAUCUGUUUCAGGAUGUUUCCCACCCAGGGCUUCACGGAAAUAGUCUUCUGUGCUGUCACAUCCAAUGAGCAAGUCAAGGGCUAUGGAACACAUCUGAUGAACCACCUGAAGGAGUACCACAUCAAACACAGCAUUCUCUACUUCCUUACAUAUGCCGACGAGUACGCCAUUGGCUACUUCAAGAAGCAGGGUUUUUCCAAAGACAUAAAAGUGCCCAAGACUCGUUACCUUGGUUACAUCAAGGACUACGAGGGGGCCACUCUCAUGGAGUGUGAACUCAACCCCAGGAUCCCAUACACGGAGCUGUCCCACAUCAUCAAGAGACAGAAAGAGAUCAUUAAGAAGCUCAUAGAGAGGAAGCAGAGUCAGAUCAGGAAGGUGUACCCCGGCCUCACCUGCUUCAAGGAGGGGGUCCGGCAGAUCCCCGUAGAGAGCAUUCCAGGCAUACGAGAGACAGGAUGGAAGCCUAGUGGAAAGGAGAAAGGGAAGGAGCUGAAGGAUCCUGACCUGCUGUAUAACAUGCUGAAGAACCUCCUCGCCCAGAUCAAGACUCAUCCAGACUCCUGGCCCUUUAUGGAACCAGUGAAGAAGUCCGAGGCUCCAGACUACUACGAGAUCAUUCGCUUCCCCAUCGAUCUGAAGACCAUGACGGAGAGGCUGAAGAACAGAUACUACGUGACCAAGAAACUCUUCAUCGCAGACCUGCAGCGCAUCAUCACCAACUGCCGCGAGUACAACCCCCCCGACAGCGAGUACUGCAAGUGUGCCAACACCCUGGAGAAGUUCUUCUACUUCAAGCUUAAAGACGGAGGCUUGAUUGAGAAGUGAUUCCGGGGGGUUGGGGGUGGGGACUGUCGCGCGCAGCUCUGUGGAGGAGCAGUAGGCACGUGUGUCUCGCUCUCUCGCCCACUCGCUGUCUGGCUCGCUCGCUCUCUUACACACAUUCAGAGCAGACGCACGGGAGCAUCACUAGCCAUCCUGAACUUUAAUCUCAUGGAGGUAUUGAGUGUGUGUGUGUGUGUGGGGGGGGGGGGGGAUGAUGAUGUAUGUUAUCGAUGAUUGAAGGGAUAAUGUGGUUUAGGAAAUGGCGUUCCAGAAGAAAAAUGGUGUUUGCCAGUAAGUGUCAAAAUGUUUUUGUGCACCCUCUCCGUUCUGUGUCCCUUUCCUCUUCACUCCCACCCUGUGUGGUUUAGAAUCCCAGCUCAGUCUGACGAGCUCAGUUUACGUAAGUCAAUCAAGGACUAAGACUGAAUGCAUAUUGCAAUUGAUGUACCAAAAUUACUGGUUCCAUUGUAGCAUAAAUCAUCACAAUCAUCAAUCACUCUUCAUAUGAGUUACCCUCAAGUUGCAGGGCAGCCCGUCCCCAGGGCUGUCCCCCCCCCCCCCCCCCCCCAUCAGAGUUAGUAGAGGGUCCUGGCGUUACUUCAGAACGACUGACGAGGUGACCAUGGUUCCUUAAUGCACAGACAGAUGAGUGCUUUAUUUAGGUAAUAAUUGUUACUUUCACAGGAUACUGGAUCUAAGGACCUAAGCCGCUGUUGCCUUCCGUUACUGACAUACACUUGAAAAGAGGCCAAUGUACUUUGAAGGUAUUACUGCAAAGACCCCAAGAGCAAGGCGACGGUCAGGUCCUGC